AUGUGGGCGGAACCGGCCGAAGAGGAUCUUUAUCAGGGUUAUGCCUACUAUGCGGAAACCCUCUUUGCAACCGAUGUUCACCAAUGGGUUUCUAUUAUUUCUGAAUGUCCUAAAGUCUUCUUUACUCUUCGACGGUGUCAUCGUCGUAUGAUCAGUACCAUUUACAAGCAGGUCUCCCUUCGGCAUAUGCACGACCUCGAAAUGCGUUUUGCUGAUCCGCACACUUGUCCUCUGUGUGUAUCAACUGUCCCAGAACCUAUUACCACUUCUACAAUCAUUGGAAAUACCAAUAGUGGCGGUCUCUUCUCCCGCCCAGUGUUCCGUCGACUUUCAAGCACUAAAUCUCCCAAUCAACAACAGCUCUCACACACUCCAACCACCACUACGAAUACCUCGUCCUCCUGCAGUAGCUCUGGGGAACUAUCUCCCCCACCUGGAAGUAUUUUGAUUCCCCCUGUUUCCGGGGGAGGUCCUAUUCUUGGCGCAGGGUCUCGAACUUGCAGUCAAAUGGUCAUUGCUUGGAGAUACCUUCUGCCCAGACUCCUACUUAUGCCGAUCUAUCAAAUACUCUACUUGGCCGAUCUACUGGAUGAGCUGUGCACUUUCCCCAACCGAGAUCCCCAAGAACAGGCUAUCCUUCACGAUGCAGCUUCUAUGCUCUACAAGACUCGCAAAGCGGUUUCUCAAGAGCUUUCUCAUGCAAGAGAGACCACGGGAUGGAUUCAUACCCACUUACCUCGGCUAAGUUUCCUUCAUACAACGCCUCUCUCCACGCGACCGGCUUUUUGUCUCCCGGUGGAAGCCAGAGUACGAUUGGCUGAGGUCAUUUCAGCAGCAAAGAAUAGCAUUAAUACAGGGAGUAGUGCAAUUAGCGAUGUUGCGGCUUGUCGACUUACCGUGAAGGACUAUAUAAUGUCUGGAGUGGUUCAAGUGCGACAGAAUCCUGCCAAGAUCGGUUUAUCCGAUCGCAUGGUCUAUCUCUUCACCGAUUGUCUCCUCCUACUCAAACGCUCAGGUCAACAACGUCGAUUGGGUGGUAAUGCCCUCACAAAUGUUGCUAUAGCAGCCGCUGCUGCACUCUCCAACCCCACUUCUUCGAAUUCCACCGCUUGUGGCAACAGUGGACUUUUGCUCAAAAAAGGUGUGCCUUUGACUCACUUCCACCUCACUGAUUUUGGAAUGCAGAUUCAUCCUGAAACCGGAGAGGCUGGGUUUCUCUUUGAAUUGGAAUAUUGGAGGGAUGUGUCCGUGGUCUCACGCAAUAGUCAUCACUUGAAAUCUGAGCAUAGUAAAUCUCCUUCGGAGCACAGUCAUCAACCUCACAAUGAACCCUUCUCAACUCUCUCCCUUCCCAAACAGGGAAGCGCUGUUAGCUUGUCUGAGUUUGUUCAGACGUCUACUAGGCGCUUGUCCGGAUCUUCUACAGCUCUCAACACACUUUCGACGGAGAAAUUGGCAAAUAAUUCGAGCUCGGUAGGGGAGACGAUAGCAAACUCAUCGGCGCCGGCUAAAAGGAUCAUUUUUAGUUUAAAAACGGCGGAAGAGAAGGCGGAUUGGAUGGCCACUCUGAUUGCUAUUCAACGGAAAGGAAUAUUUACACGAUAUCUGCAUGAACUACCAAAACAGGAAAUCCCAUUGAUUUUACCCGACCCGGAAGAGUAUUGCUUCGCUCAGCCUGACUCCUCUUCAAAUAUCCUCUUCGAGCCACCUCGAACUGACAGUUCUGCGGAGCUUGCUGUAAUUCGUGCUGCAACCAUUAACAAACUCAUCGAACGCGUGACCUCUCAUACCUGUUUUGACAGCCGCACAAUUCGUACCUUCCUUCAAACUUAUCGACGCUACCUCUCGGCCACAGAGUUGCUUGAACUCCUGAUUAAGAGGUUUAAUAUGCCUAGACCGGACUUUGACCGCGCACUCCGAGCUUCACUCGCCAAAGAAAACAAUGGUAUUGAGGCAGGAAGAUCAUUUUCGGAUAUUGCGUCCCUUGUGCCAAGAAUGGAGCUUAGAUUCAACUCGACUUAUAAGAGGAGAAUUCAGCAUAGGCGAGUGAAGUGGUUUUGUAAUGUAUCAUUUUCGAUCAAUCUAAUUAAUGCCACUAUUAAGUAUUUCUGUCCUCUGCUGCUUUUCAUCACAUUCAUUUCUCAUCCAGCCGCUCGAUUUCGUUACACUCUUCUUUUCCAUCCAUUCAUAAAUAUACCUUCAUACUUCCACUUAUCCAUUCCUGAACUUCUAACAUCUUCCCGAUUUCAAGAGUGUACUCAAUCAGCCGAUUAA